UAACAAAUCUGAUAAAACAUGUCAGUGAAAUUUUACUGUUUGUGGAUUUUUAAGCUGGGUAUUUAUAUACUAUUUAUUCAGCCAAGAGGAUUUGUUUGGGCUGAUGUGGUAUUGUCACCAUCAACAGCUGUUGCAUCUGAGAACAAUUCUGUGACUCUUACAUGCACUUACAGUGGGGAUGAAACUGUUACAUACUUUUCAUGGAGUAUUUACAAAAGAUCUGGAAGUACAAUUAAUAAUAUCGGUAUAAUAGCAGCAGGUUGUAGGGCUGUAGUAAUUAAUGUUGAUACCAGUCUGUAUAACUAUACUUGUCCUAACAGCAAACAAUAUACAUGGACCAUCAAAAAAGUAACAAGACAGAAUGACGGAGACAAGUACAAGUGUGAUGUUGACACACCCUCUCCAGGAGUCAUCAUAAGUAACAAUGUGUCAGUAUAUGUUCAAG